CCUCGAUCGUACCGAUUGCCUUGCCCGGCUACUUUUCUAUCUCAAUAAAUAUAGAGAAAAAUUAAAGUUAUUGUAUACCUGAAUCAGAAGACCUAAGAUGUCGGAUUUUGUCUCCAUAAGCAUUACUUUGUUCCUUCUGUUGGUGUGCUCAUUACCAUGUGCUCAAUCAACAGAAGCUCAAUGCACAGACCAAGGCGGGAUUUGCCAGGCGACAACAACACCGUGUGAAUAUCCUUCACAAUUUGUGAAUAAUAUUUGUUCUGAUGAUUCCUCAGUGCAGUGCUGCUUACCUGAUAAAGAUGUACAUUGUACAUCAAAAGGAGGUAUAUGUCAGGAGGACGAACUUCCAUGCGGGCGCUCCUACGUUCGAUUUCUGUGUGGUGGAGGAAAUAACAGACGAUGUUGUCUACCAAAUGCUGAUGUUCGCUGCCAUGAGUCUGGAGGUAGGUGUUAUACCACAGGCUCCCCCUGUGACGGGCGAUACAAGACAGGGCUCUGUGGAGGACAAGACAGGCAAUGCUGUAUUCGGAAAUUUUAUUCAUGGUAUUGGUCCAAAAAUGGUGGAAAUACGUGCCAGAGAACACCAGGAUUUUGGUAUCAGCCUGUUUGAAUUGGUUAAACGUUUACGUUUAAUAGAAUAAAUUAGUUAACCAAUCAGAUGACUGUAUUAUAAAUGUAUUCAAUUAAUUAAAAAGGUUGAAAAUAUUAAACAUUUAUUAGACAUCAAUCGAUAUUGAAAAUAGCCUACAGGGAUUAUUUUUUAUUGAAUUCUUAUGAAACUUAAGGCAACAUCGAAUGCCAAUAUGUAAUAAAGCUGAAUGAAAAAACCUAUUUAUAAAUCUCGCGGAUUACCAGACUUGGUUUGAUUCUACAUAUCAUGCAUGUACAUGUAUGACUUUUUAAAUGUGCUACUUUAUGCUUCCAUGCAUACAUUGGAAAAUUGAGAAUAAAAUGAAUUUUACUUGUUAACUGAGUAUCGAAAAAAGAAGUCCAAUUAGUAUAUAUUUAUAAUAGGUAUUGAUUAUUAUAGACAAUAAAGGCAAAUGUAAAAUGUUAAUAUAUG